AUGAAAGGAGCCUUUUAUGGGCUGAAGAUUACACAGGCCUCUCUCAUCCUCAUCAGUUUUGUUUGUGCAACGGUGCUUAUACUGGCAUGGACGAAAACUACAUUCCUCACUUCUUUAAUCCCAUCUCAGAGUAGUACUGUGCUGUUGAAUCCAGAAAUCCCUCCUGAUCUUACGGAUGGAGCAGUUUCAGAAAAAGUUUUAGAAGGAAAAAACAGUUCAAAAGAAGCUGGAAGGGACAAAGUAGCAGUAGUAGGUUCAGAAAAAGCUUUAGGAGGAAAGAACAGUUCAAUCGAAUCUGACAGGGACAAAGAAGAACCAGUAAGAUUGUCAAGCUCAGAGUCUACUAUUAAGGAAGAACCCAGUAAAAAUUUGGUGACAGAUGACAAAAAGAAAGAAAUUCCUCCAAGUAUUACAGGAUCAGAAUCAGACAAGCUGUUGGAAGCAAAAAAUAGUUCAAAACCAGCAGAAAAGGAUGUAGUUGGAACUAGAAGUUCAAAGCAAAGUAAAAGUUCGUCAACUCUGACUGAGAAGAAAGGGUGUAAUUAUGCCAAAGGUAAAUGGGUCAUAGAUGAUAGUCGACCCCUAUAUUCUGGCUUUGGUUGUAAGCAAUGGUUGUCUUCAAUGUGGGCUUGUCGCCUGACACAACGCACAGAUUUUGAAUACGAGAAACUACGUUGGCAGCCCAAAGAAUGUAGAAUGGAAGAAUUCAUGGGAUCUAAGUUCCUGAAGAGGAUGCAGGACAAAACUCUGGCCUUUAUUGGCGAUUCAUUAGGUAGACAGCAGUUCCAGUCACUGAUGUGUAUGGUAACCGGCGGUGAAGAGAGACACGAUGUUCUUGACGUGGGAAAGGAGUAUGGCCUUGUCAAAGCCCGUGGUUCUGUACGUCCUGAUGGAUGGGCUUAUCGAUUCCCAAUUACCAACACUACCAUCCUUUACUAUUGGUCUGCAAGUCUCUGCGACUUGGAGCCACUCGACCCGUCUAAUCCAGCCACUGAUUAUGCUAUGCACCUGGAUCGUCCCCCAGCAUUUUUGCACCGUUUCCUUCACAAAUUUGACGUUCUUGUUCUGAACACGGGACACCACUGGAAUAGAGGGAAACUUAAUGCCAACCGGUGGAUCAUGUACGUUGGGGGUUUGCCUAAUACCAAUAGGAAGAUUGCAAGUAUUUCUGGUGCAAAAAAUUUUACAGUUUACAGUAUUGUAAGAUGGGUGAACUCACGGCUUCCGAAAUAUCCAGGUCUGAAAGCAUUUUUCAGGUCAAUAUCACCAAGGCAUUUCUUCCAUGGAGAUUGGAACACGGGAGGUACUUGUGACAAUACUACCCCUCUAUCUGGUGGGAAGGAAGUUUUACUAGAUGAGUCUAGCGAUCAUCUUGCUUCAGGGGCAGUGAACGGAACGGAUGUUAAGCUGUUGGACAUAACGGCAUUAUCCGAGCUUAGGGACGAGGGUCAUAUAUCUCGUUACAGCAUUAAAGCCACACCUGGAGUGCAGGAUUGCUUGCAUUGGUGUUUACCAGGUUUACCUGAUACCUGGAAUGAGAUUUUGUUCGCCCAACUCUAG